UUCAAUGCCUGAGAUGCUAGGCACAGAGCGACAACGGUGAACGCCCCUGCGACACACGGUCUGUCGCACAUAGCUAGGUAGCUACCUAGGUAGGGAGUCAUCAUCACUCAUCACGUAGUUCAUUGGGUGAUAGCAUCGCACCUGUGAUUCCUACUAGUGAUUCCUACUAGUGACUCAUCCGGCGACUACCCCUCUCAGCUUUACGUGCCCUUUGUUUCCUAAGGCCUCCCCGCAAUAUUCCUUCUCACGCACUCCUUCGGCAGACUCUUCGAGCAGAGCACCAAGGUGUCUAAGUCCGCACACAAACCCCAAAGUCGCCAUCUCCGCUGCUUCUACUUUGCGCAGUCGCUAUGGCUCACGAGCCAGGAACUGUUGGUGGACAUGAACGAGCGUCUGCAACUCGGCCGGCACCGUUGGCAAUCUUCCCACACGAGCCUUUACACCCUGGAGUUGUGUCAUCCAUCGAAAAAGAUCGAUCCGGCGGGUUUUACGGUCCUUUCAACAGCCACCUGCUUGCCACCCAGGCCGCCACUUUCAUCAGCUCAAAUUCGGACGCGAACGAAGAGCUUCUGGCACCAGUUUUACACAGAUUCUUAGCUCUAGCCUGGAAGGAUUGCACAGCUGGUGCCUCGAUCUCGAACUCCAUGGUUCAAGAAGCACACUCCUGCUGGCUGUGCAUCCGUAUGACGCUACCGACAGACGUAUGGGCUGUGCCGCGAUGGCAUACAGACGGUCCUAUGUUUGACUGCACUUGCUCUGAGCCCAAGAUUCCCCAUUCUAAAUACGCCUUUACGAUUCUCGGCCCAUCCACUAGGGUUAUGGCAACAAACCCGGCCGUCCACGCAGUGUUGGAGACGCUAUCAGAGACUGGGCAGCCUUGGGACCAGAAUGACCCUGACCCCGGCCUUGCGAAGAAACUCGCAGAGUAUUCGGAGGCCGCAGUCGAACUCGGGCAGGUUAUUCGGUUCAGCUGGGGCCAACGUGACUCACCUGUGCAUUCCGAGCCAGAUUCAACUGGCCUGCAUCGUGUUUUCAUAAGUCUUCUUUUUGGAAGUGAAAAGGAGAUACGGAAUAUGUGCGAGAUGAGAGACGAGGAGUAUAGCUCUUGGAAUUAAAUUGCUACAGGCAUAGAGAAAAUAGCUGGCAAUGUAGAAUUAAUAUCAGAGGUGAAUCUUUAAAUAAGGAACUGAAAUAGCUAGAUUUCAGGGAACCAAUAUCUAGCUAUACAUAACUAUUACAAUUAAUUUCUACUAAAUGCUUAGUCAGCAAUUCAGUACUAUUAAAUACUAUCGAG